GUGCGUUAUAUUCAUUCAGUGGUUGAUAAAGCAAAAUCACUCGGUGAUCAGCCAUUAUUUGAGGAAUUUUAUAUGUUUCGUGCAAUGGUGCGGAGUGAAGGUGAAAAGUGCUUGACAUAUGUGCACGAGGCGAGGAAAAGGUGGUGUUGCUGGUAGGAGGGAACGUGCUAUUAAGAGAGGUCAAGUGUCUAUCGAAAUGGAUGAAAUGCAUCAGGAAGAUGCCCAAGCAGUCCCGGAAGAUGAUCCAGCAACAACAAAUUGUAAUAUUAGUUCCACUUCAAGAGGCGACACUCACGAAUUCACUCAGGCAUCAGCUAUGACAUAUCAACCAACAACUACUCAAAUUGUGCCAUACAUGACGCCACAAACUCCACAAUAUUCAGGAGAUCCGAGUCUUUCGUCUUUGGAGAAUAUAUUUGUUGAGAAUGGUCCUGUUUUUAACUCAUCGCCUGUGCAAAUGUCCAUCGAUAUCCCUGAGGCCACUAAUAGAGAUGAUGGGCAGGACUGCAAUAUUGAGAUACAAGGUAAUGAGUUGGAUGAUUCCAACGAUGAAGUGGAUGGUGAAUCAUCAAUGAGGCAGAAGCGUAAAAUUAUUCGUAAGCGUUGUGCGACCGGGAGUCACUUUCUUGAUCAGCAUGGUAGGAUUAAAAAUCAGCGCGGUAGAGGUAAAAAGCAGCAAGGUAGAAGCAAAAAUAAAUGAAUGCAUCACUAAUAGUUUGGCUUGUAAGUAAGAUGAAGACACAUAAUCUCGCUGAUCUAGUUUAGUAGGAAUGAUCUCCUUUUUUUUUUUUUUUUGCUAACUAUAAGUAAGAUGAAGGCACAGUUGGUGUAUUAUUUAUUUUUUUGCUUUUUGUAUUCAGCUACGUUUUCUAUGCUAUGGUGCAAAGAAGUUUUAAUUGGAAGUCAUGAUUGUAUUUGGUUUUUGCUAGCAAGUACUGUAAGUUUUAAUUGGAAGUCAUGUAUUAGCUAUGGUUUUUGCUAGCAAGUCAUCAGCAGUUUAGUAGGAAUGAUUUUUUUUUUUUGGCUCACUGCUGGUGUUGUUUUGAAGCUGGAAAAGAAACAGUUAUGGUG